AUGCAAAGUACGCUACUCCUUCCUUCCCAUAUCGUUCGGUCCUGUCGCUUAAUCGCUGGUCGUCGAUACGCGCCCACCUGGUCGGUCUCAUCUCGUCAUUUCCACCAGUCUCUUUUUCGUUACUCUCAGUCAUCUCCCGAGUCCAAUGGCGCAUCGGACCCAAAUUCCGAUACCCCAAAUGGUGUAAAGCCUUUCGACGUGAACGCACAGCCUACGGAACAUGCUCAAGACUCUACCAGCGCGAAUCAGUCAUCUGCCAGUCGAAAAAGUUAUAUUUCAGGUCUUCGUCGGACAUGGAAAGAUAAAAAGCCCCCACCCGAAGUUAUAUCGACCGCCGCUACAAUUCCUCAAUGGUUUAUAAACAGGAACAUUGUCACAUACCACCAGGCUGUCAAACUGCCUCAACAGCUGAUUGUUCAAUCUUACGACCAAGAACAACUUUCUUCGAAGCAGACAACACCCACGCCGACGUCGCCACCAUCCGAAGAUGUCACACCCCCUUCACAAGAAAGUAACUCGGAUAAGCUAGAAAAUAGAGAAAGCGAGAAUGAGGGGUCCAGUAGUGAUGCGCCUGAGCCAACCAUCAUCAAUGGUCGUUAUACAAUAGAUGGCAAUGUCUGGUCCAGACUGAGACUUUCAGUCAGAGCAGGUUUUACAACCCCUUCGGCGCAAUAUCUCAAUGAUCCAGCAACGGAAAAGUCGCACAUCCUUCUUCAAUACCCCCAUAGGAAAAACGAAACGAAUAUUGAUGUUAUUGGUGGAAGCCUGUUUUUGCAUGCCGUGGUUCAAAGCUUAGCGAAGCAGGAAGAGGCAGAUCUGGUAACACUGAACGCGCAGGAUAUUGCUCGGCUGUGCAGUGAGCAAACCCGCGCGGAAGCUAAAGCCUCCUCGUCGAUACGCAACCUAGGGUACGAGAUCUAUAAUACCUGGAAUAAAGAGCGCCGACUGGACACGGAAUCGCCAUUCGAUAAGGAGGACGCCGGCGACGAUGGUGACUCUUCAAUCUCGCUUUCCGGAGCCCGUCCGCAUAUACUGCCUAUUGAGGUCACGCUGCCAGAUACCCAACUUCCCAAUUGGCUAUUGUCAUCUUUCGGGGGCGGUGCGGACAGUACUCGCACAUCCCGUACAGAGACCAGUGCAUGGAUUCGUGUUAUUAAUCAGUUAACGUCUAUGCCUUUACAAACUCAGCCUAUCCCCAUCGACAGUACCACUACAUCAGAUAGUGAGAAGAAGUCAGACUCGUCGCCAAAAAUGAUAAUUCAUAUACAAGAUUACGUGGAGUUGAUGCAGACUCGAGAAGGUUCGAAGUUUCUAAAAUUGUUGCUGGAUGCAAUUCACAGCCGUCGGCGCCUAGGCCACAAAAUCUUACUCAUCGGGACGUCUGCGGCACAUCGAGACAUAUCCUUUAAUAGGGAGAUGCCACCAAUCGUUGAGCGGGCAAGGCUUUACCUUGAUAGCUCAGCUAGGCCCUUCGCUUCUCCUAUCGCCGUCUUCCCCUCGAUGGAUCCGAAGGAACUGAAUGUCAAACUCGCAGAAGAUCGGCGGUCUCGAAUCAGAGAUAUCAACAUACGUCAUCUACAAGAUAUGCUCCGCCUGCGAGUAAACACAGACACAACCCCCAUAGAUGACAGCAUCUUCGAUACAACCUCAUGGCCCGAUGACAUAGACGCCACCCCACAUUUUGGUUUGGAUAAAGAUUAUCUGGGGUAUACUCGUGUACACAAUCUAAGUUCAAUGAUCAUGGGUGCUGUGCAGCCAAACGAGAAGUUAACCUUUGAACACAUUCGGUUGGCGUUCUCAGCCGAGACCAAGCAUAGAAGAUCCUAUGAAAAUUGGUACUCACCUUCCAAAUCUUCAGGACCAACAGCUUGGGGGACCAGUGAAAAACCAAUGAUCUCGGAGUUCGACGAAGGGCUUAGAGCUUCGAAACUGGACAUCAUUUCACAUUUAGAGUGUAACAAGUACGAGAAAAAGCUUUUGAGUGGUGUUGUCGAUGCGGAAAGUAUCCGAACGACAUUUGCUGACGUUCAUGUGCCCUCUGAGACGGUUGAGGCUUUGAAGACAUUGACUUCUCUCUCUUUGAAGAGACCAGAUGCGUUCACCUAUGGUGUGCUUGCAUCUGAUAAAAUUCCUGGAAUGCUGCUUUAUGGCCCGCCUGGAACUGGAAAAACAUUGCUCGCCAAAGCUGUGGCUCGAGAGAGCGGUGCAACCGUCUUGGAGGUCAGCGGAUCCGACAUUUAUGACAUGUAUGUUGGUGAGGGUGAGAAGAACGUCAGAGCGAUCUUCACCCUUGCGAAAAAGCUCAGUCCGUGCGUGGUCUUCAUUGACGAGGCAGACGCCAUCUUUGGAUCUCGAAAUCAAAGCCGAAGUCGUUUCUCGUCUCAUCGAGAACUUAUCAAUCAGUUCCUACGAGAAUGGGACGGUAUGAACGAUAUGUCUGCUUUUAUCAUGGUGGCAACGAACAGACCCUUUGAUCUCGAUGACGCUGUCCUUCGACGACUUCCGCGAAGACUCUUGGUGGAUCUACCUGUCGAACAAGAUCGAGAAGCCAUUCUCAAAAUACAUCUGAAGAAUGAGCAGUUAGAGCCGUCGGUUGAUCUUGCAGAUUUGGCUCGACGAACCCCAUUCUAUUCGGGAUCUGACCUUAAGAAUGUCUGUGUAGCUGCUGCUUUGACGUGUGUCCGUGAAGAAUUUGAGCAAAAAAGUCUGCAUACAGGCGACACGCCGUACCAAUACCCAGAAAGACGUACCCUUACCCAAGCACACUUUGAGCGCGCUCUGGAGGAGAUCAGCGCAUCGAUCAGCGAGGACAUGUCUUCGCUUGAUGAGAUUCGCAAGUUUGACGAAAAAUUUGGCGAUCGCAAGGCCAGGCGCAAGAAGAAGGCAUCUUGGGGAUUCAUGCCUCUAAACGAUACCCAAGCACCGUUGGAUACAACUCGCGUGCGUACUUGA